AUGGCUGACUCGAUUGGACCCAAGGAUGACGAACGGGCUCGUCACCGAGAGGCGAUGAAUGGAUCAGAGGACAGCGGUGGAUCACUGACCAAGUUAGAUGCGAUCCCAGAGACUAAGCUGAUGCAACAACUCAGUCUGGUAGAUCAAACAGAGACGUACUUGGCCUCUCGGGCAGACACAAUGCGUAGCAUUGAGCAUACUAUUGUUGAGCUGGGUGAAAUCUUCCAGCAGCUGGCCACUAUGGUUCAUGAACAAGACGAAUCCAUUCGUCGAAUCGAUACCAACGUGGAAGAUGCCGCCACCUCCAUCGAAGCUGGUCAUUCGGAGUUAGUACGGUAUCUGCGUUCGGUCAGCUCAAAUCGGUGGCUUAUGGUGAAGGUGUUCGGUGUGCUUUUGAUCUUCUUCAUCAUUUUUGUCGUGUUCUUCGUGUGA